AUGGGACUACCGCCGACAGAAACGCCGGCGCCAGCGACACCGGUCUUCCUCAAACUCUCAUAUCCAGCACCUCGCGUGCUUCUUGUGAGAAUGGACCGACCAAAAGAUCUCAACGCCAUGUCAACAGCAGCACAAUGGGAGAUGGACUCAGUAUGGAAGUGGUUUGACCGAGAACCAAGCCUAAGUGUCGCAAUCAUCACUGGAACAGGGCGAGCGUUCUCGGCUGGGGCAGAUCUGAAGGAGUGGAGUAAGAGCAUGGCAGCCGACGCCGACCAGAGUAAACGUAUGGGCAACGCUUCCACGUUCAAGCCCUUGAGUCGGCGGCUGGGCAAGAAACCCAUCAUCGCGGCUGUCAAUGGCCUUGCGUUGGGCGGUGGAUGCGAGUUUGCCGUUAACUGCGACCUCGUCGUGGCCGCUCAUGAUGCGUAUUUCGGACUACCAGAGGUCAAGAGGGGAAUUGCAGCAAUUGGCGGUGCACUACCGCGGCUCAUUCGAACGGUCGGCCUCCAGAGAGCGAGCGAAUUCGCGUUAACAGGGCGAAACGUUUCUGCACAAGAGAUGGCAGGGUGGGGGAUUGUAAACAAAGUGGUGCCGAAAGAAAAUGUCGUCGAGGAGGCGGUGCGUUAUGCGAAGAUGAUCGCGGCCAACUCCCCAGAUGCCAUCAUAUGCACGAGGGCAGGUCUAAGACAGGGCUGGGAGACGGCAUCGGUUGAAGCAGCAGUUGAGUCGACUCUGGAAAAGGAGUUUGCGGAACUGCAAAAGGGUGAGAACAUCAUCGAGGGCCUUAACGCGUUUUCUGAGAAAAGGGAACCCAGGUGGAAGGGUAGCCGGCUAUAA